GCCCUAUCUAGUGCACUAGAGGAUGAGCGUUAGCGGGUUUAGGAUACAGCGCGGGAAAGUGUUUGUCGGGGGGAAGCGACUAGCUGAAAGUGGACAAAAGUUGAGUUAAAGUGCGAAAGCGGCGUGUGAACGUGUAAAGAUGUCCCUGGUGGAUUUGGGGAAGCGGCUUUUAGAGGCUGCACGUAGCGGUGAAGAUGAAGAAGUGAGGAAGCUGAUGGCCAACGGUGCCCCCUUCACCACAGACUGGUUGGGAGCGUCUCCGCUGCACUUGGCAGCGCAGUUCGGUCAUCUCUCUACAGCCGAGGUGCUGCUGAGAGCUGGCAUCUGUAAGGACGCGCGCACCAAAGUGGACCGGACCCCACUGCACAUGGCUGCCACCGAGGGCCAUGAGCUCAUCGUCGACUUACUGAUCAGGAACGGUGCAGAUGUGAACGCUAAAGACAUGUUAAAGAUGACGGCGUUGCACUGGGCCACUCAGCACGGGCACCACAACGUCGCUCAGCUGCUCAUCAAACACGGAGCCGACGUUCACGCACUCAGCAAGUUUGACAAGUCACCCUUUGAUAUCGCCAUUGACAUCCAGCACGCAGAACUCGCCAACCUCCUGCAGGAGGGAAUGCAGAAGCAGGUGAACAGGAAUGCAGAGUCGUCCAUUGCUCCCCAGUUCAUCAUUCAGGGAGGAGUAAUUAACAUCGCAGAGCUCGUCAAAUCCAACACAGGUAACAGUGAGGACGCCGUCGCCGUCAGUGCUCUAGACCAGCAGUUGAUGGGUGAUACUGGACAGAGGGUGGUUACCAUAGUAACAGAUCAACAGGGUCACCUACAGACCAGACUCACACAGCCGCUGUAUGUGACGAUGCAGAACGGACGGCAGGUGUUGGCCGUUCCCUCUAGUCAGUUCACACAGGAGGUUGUGGAUGAAGAAGUUGAACCUCCAGUACGACGAAGGAAAAUCGAAGUCAUCUCUGCUAAUCAUUCUGACACCAGAGACACGGAGCAGCUACAGCGGCGUCUGGCCGAGGCCAACAUGGCGGCUCAGUUGUACCGACAGCAGCUGCUGCAGAAGGAGCAGGAGGCGGAGGAGUACCGCAUGCAGCUGGAGGCCAUAACAGAGCGAGGGAUCACACAGGACGACGAGUGUGUGGAGGAGAAGCAGGAGGAGGCCGAGGAGGAGGUGGUGCUGCUGGCUGACGGAGAUGUGAUGCUCAACACAGAGGAGAUCGACUCCACAUCCAACAUCUCAUAACGCCUCGCCUCGUCUCAUGGACUCAUGAUUUCGUGUGUGUGUGUGUGUUCACGCGCUUGCUUUCUUUUUCAGCUCUGGAUCAAGUUUAUAAGAGGAAGACAAACUCUAUGUUCCUCCGUAUUUUUUAAUAACUUGUCUUCUGCUUUAGUAAAAUGAUCCAUGUUUACUGUCUGGCUGAGAAAAUGUUUUUUUUUCCCUUUAACUUUUUUUUUUUUCAAAGGCCAAAUUUAAAGGCGACUCUUAUAAUACAGUUGUGAGCAAUUUCUAAAUCCUGGUUGUCAGUUCUUUGUGUUGAUGGAGAUGAGAGCACUGAUCCAGGCAGGAUUCUGUUCUCCUUUUCACUGUGAAACACUUCUACAUUCACUUAAAAUGAACAGGUAAAUGAACCUCAGGUGCACAUUGUAUCAGGUGUUUUAAAGUCUUACACAAAGAUGUGUUCAUUAGUGCAUUUUGUGUUUUAGUUACAGCUGCAGCGGCUCUGUGUGAAUGAGGAGAAUAUGAAAAGGUCUGUGCGUGUGUGUGUGUGUUGGUCUUAUUAAUGGAGGUGUGUGGCGUGUGUGUGUGCUGCUCACACCAUGAGCUGCUCCAAACACUUCUACAGAUUUAUUUUCUGUAAAUACACUUCCUGGUAUUUCUGUAUAAAAUGUUUAUUGACAUUUAAUCCUAUUAAAGAACAGUGAAAAUAAAAGGAACUCAUCAGUAUACAGAA